GAUGAUAGCUAGCUCCCGAUCGACGACAAAACCACCACAGAGAGAUCGAGAGAUCAGAGAGAUUCGCGAGAAGAAAAGUGCACGCCAUUGGAUACCUUAAACAAAAAUUUAUUAAACGCUGGGUAGCCUAGGCCUAGUGUCCUAAUAGUAGCUGGUGGAACGAAGUUGUAUUUGUUGCAAUGUCUGAAGAAUACGAUAGUGAUGGUGGAGGAGGAACACCAGUUUUGGAUGAGCACAGUGAUGGGGAAAUUGAGGAAGAGGAUGUUGAGGAAGGAGAAUGCUUAUCAGAAGUUGAAGAUGGAUCAGAAGAGGGCGCUAUAGUUGAAGGCCAGGAAGAGGAAAGACAAGAAGCUGAUGGAGAAGUUCAGGAUGAUGAAGAAGAUGAGGGUGAAAUAGAUGAAGGAGAAGUAGUUAGCGAUGGUGAGGAAGAGAUGGCAGAAAAUGAUGCAGAAGUAGUAAGUGAUGGGGAAUAUGAAGGAGAAAAUGAAGUGGAGGAGGAAGGGGAAAUUGAAGAUGGGGAAGACAAUGAAGAACAAGAAUAUGUUGAAGAAAACGAGGAGGAAGUUGAAGAUGAAAGAGAGGUUGGGUAUUCUAGCAACCAGGAAGCUGAAUAUGAACAAGCUGAAUCUGGUGAAGAACAAGGGGAAUUGGAAGUGGAAGAAGAAGUAGAACAAGAAGAAGAAGAACAAGAAGAAAUCGAAGAAGGUGCCAUUUAUGAAGAAGGGGAAGAUGACCAAGAAGAUGGACUAGUAGAGGAAGGUGAACAAGGUGAACAUCAGGAAUAUGAAGCAGAGGAACUUGAUGAAAGUGGAGAGCAGUAUGUCGGUGAAGCUGUUGAGGACCAGGAGGAAAAUGAUGAGGAAGAGGAUGACAGGCAAGGUGCAGAAUUUGAAGAUGAGAAUGAAAAUGAGGGAAACAUCGAAGAGGAAUAUGAUCCAGAAAUUCCACUAGAUGGAGAGGAGGAAGAAGUAGAUGACCAAGCAGAAGAAGGUGAGGAAACAAAUGAAAGAGAGAGCGAGACGGUUUAUCAAGGAGAAGACGAAGCGGAAUGGAAUAGAAGUACAGAAGAAGAUGUUUAUCAAGAAGGAACACCGCCAUCACCAGUUAAUGACGAUGAACAAGAUAUCGAUGAAGGGGACAAUAUUGAACAGGAAGGGGAUCAAAUUAUGACUGUCGAAGCAGCUGAAGAAAAUAAUGAUGAGCGGAAGGAAGAAGAAUUAGAAGAACAAGCAGAAGGUGAUUUAAACAAAGAGGAUGUGAUGGCAGAAGAUGCAGAUCCCUCACCUGUGAAUGAUGAGGACAAUGAGUAUAAAGGGUCAGAAAAUGAUGGAGAAGAAGCUAUUAAUAAUGAAGAAACAGAAGCAGUGAAUGAAACGAACAUUGGACAGCGGUUAAAAGAUGAUAGUGGGGAUGAAAGUGAGGAAGACAAAGAGGAAGGUGAGAGGGAACUUAUUGCCGAUAUUUUUGGCUCAAGCGAUGAAGAAGAAGGCGAAUUUGAGGGUUUUGGAGAUGCAGAAAUUGAGUCAGCUCCAGUGAAGAAAAAAGCAGCCGUACUUGUAAGUGAUGAUGAUGACGAUGAUGAUGAUGAAGGACCGGUAGCAGCAAUUGAAGAGGAGGAAGAGCAACCGGCACCUCAACCAGAUGUCGCAGAAGACUCAGAUGAAGGGGUUGAAGAUGAAGGAAAAGGUGGAACGAGUGAAAUGUCAGACUUUGAUCUGAUGUUGGAAAGGAAAAAGAGGGAAAACCAAUCACGGAGAAGAAAGAGGAGACAGGAUGAUAUCAUCAAUGACAAUGAUGACAUCAUUGUCGCCAUGAUAAAGCAAAUGAUUGAAGCUGCUAAGGAUGACAGAAGAUUAAAUGAAAACAAAAGGGCUGCAGUAACAAAGUUAAAACUCCUUCCAACAGUUUUACAACAUUUAAAUAAGACUGAUCUUCACAUAGCUUUUCUUGACAACGGUAUUCUAACAGCAAUCAAAGAGUGGUUGACGCCGCUUCCAGAUAAGAGUCUCCCUCAUUACCACAUAAGAGAAGGCCUGCUCAAAGCGCUCGUUCAGAUGCCAAAUGUAGAUCAACAUGUGUUGAAGACGAGUGGAAUUGGCAAAGCCGUCAUGCUUCUCUUUAAGCAUCCAAAAGAGUUCCGGCAUAUACGGGAACUAGCUCGUAAAAUUAUACAUGAAUGGUCGCGACCCAUUUUCGGAGUGGAAGCAGAUUUCAAAUCCAUGACCAAGGAAGACAGACAAGCUAGAGAUUUAGCUCAGAUGCCAGCAUCAAAGAAGAAACGACUCCAUUCAACAGAGGGAGAAACCCCAAUCAGAAGCAUAGAUUCAGCAUUAGCCCAAGAAGGAAAAGCAUUGAGGCCUGGUGAUCCAGGCUUUGUUGGUCGUGCAAGAGUUCCUAUGCCGUCCACGAAAGACUACGUCGUCAGGCCCAGAUGGAAUGUUGAAACAGAAAUGGGAAGAGAAUCCAAGAAAAGUUUGACCAAACUUGAGAAGCAUAUGAGAAAGUUUAAAGAAGCAAAGAGCCGAAGUAAAAACAAGGUGCAGAAGGCAGUGGCAAUAAGUGUAGAAGGAAGAAAGAUGUCUUUAUAACAGAUGGUCAUUGAGUAUACUGUGUUGAUGUUAUGAAGGAGAAUUGAGCCUCAGCCUUGUGCUAUAGGGAAAGUUCCAUAUUUAUCGGAUAGUUCUUGCUGACAUCCUAACUUUGGACAAGCACAGCACAUCCAGAUAUGAAUAAAGCAACAUCCUGCAUUGUGACCAAUCACAGAAGUGGAGAGCUUAGUAUGUUUACACUUUCAGCAGGGACUGGAUGAAUUUUGUUGGAACACAAGAGACUGUAAAUUUUAUGUUGGGGUGUUCGUCCAAAGGGAUAAAUAUCUUAAGUCAUGGCAAAUCAUAUUUCACCCUUUUCAGUUUAGAAAGUUAAUUUAUUUCCUCAAUGUUGUCCAUACUCAAGGCCUGGCAACAUAUGAUGCAAAGUACAUAUGAUAGGCUAGUGUAAAUAGUAAAACAAGUGUAUUUUAAUAAAUUCAUCUUGGAUUAGACAACACAAAAAUACUGUAGUAGUAUUACUAUAAAUGAAUACUGUACUGUAAUACUGUACUCGUUUUUCUUCUAUUACUAGUCGAUCAGUGGUGUAUCUAGGUAGGUGCACAUGCCCUCCCCCACCCCCUGCCUCCAGUUGGGUCCCCACCGGAAAUGUUCAAAGCCCAAUAAUUACUCAAGUAGUUAAAAACCACUUUAUAUCACCUUAUUUUGCGAGAAAGCAUCCCCCUUUUAAUAAUCGAUUCCCCCACCCUGUUUCAAGACUCCAACUACAUACACCACUACAAUGGACUAGUGUUUUGUUAUGUCUGGCCCCUUGGAUGUUGUUGCUAAAGUCGCACAAAACAAUAGCGUAAAUGUACGUAAACAUGUGUCUGUUGGACACAAGCAUAUUCCUGGCAUUGUUUUGAUUGGUACUCGAGUAAGGUCAAAGAAAAAGUUUUUUCAUUUUGUUUAGAAUUUUAGGCUUUGCAACUCAACUGGUUGUCUGUCACUGUUGUUAACUUAUGUUGCCAUGUAAAUGUUACUAGAGUAGCUACAUUUAGAUAAUUGUAAAGAGUGCGAUUUGAGCCAACUUACUCCUUAGUUUGCAAAAGGUCAGUUGAUGUUGAGUGGCAUGGGCAGCAUACGUUUAUAAGGAAACAGUGAUUUGCCCAUAAUGUGGUACCAAUUUCAAUGUGUAGGGAUCAUAGAGCUAUUAAAAUCGAAGCAAUGCAGUGUUGUGUACCAUCCAAGAUCGCCACUGUAGGAAAGCGCCACCUUCAGGCUUAGUAUACAUAUUAUAACCAUAAAUAAGCCCUCUGUCAUUUCAUUAAUCAAUUAAGUAUUGAGGAAUGAAAUUGAAAUCGUGUAUGUAACACUCGUACACCGCAACAGAUACAACAUACAGAUGUAACAUACGGGUAACUCAGCUGUACUUAACUUGCAUGUGUAAAUCGAAGGCACCAUUGAAAACAACGAUACAAAUCGUGGAUGGGUACACACACACAGCUCUUCAUAUUUCAGACAUUGAAUACAUUGCAGUUAGCACCUUAGUAUUCUUAUAACUCUGGUAUGGAUACAAUAUUUUCUAGAGCCUAAUCUGGAGAAUUUAUUUUGUAUCAGAACCAAUAAAAUAUAGAAAUGUUAGACUUAAAAAUUAUUUGAGUUGAACUUGCGCAAGUCAACAACUGUAUAAUCAAUUUUGGCCCUUAAUAUAGCUUGUACAUUAUACUAAGGGCUAAAAUGGCUUAUACAGUACAAUAUUUUUACGGCCAACAAUGUGUGAUGAAUGAAAAAGUCCGCUGCUUAUGAAAGCGUGGGUGAAACAGGCUGAGACAACGUAGGGUGCGUUCAGUUGAGUUUUUUGUGAAGUGUAUCACGGGAUAAAUCCGGAAACUGCAAUUUCCAGUUCUAGUGGGUGUUAAACGCGGACCACCGGCCGAAAUCCGCUGAUAAUCCAACACUGCAAACUGCAGUGUUUUUGGAGGAGCAAAAGCAGCAUGUUAGCAGCAGGGAGCAAUUUUUAUUACUUGAUCCCAUUUGAUUGUUUUAACAUGCGCCAGAAGUAAAGUCUGUUUAAAUGUUCAUGGUCCUUGCUUCUUUUAGAGUUUAUUUCCAAAGAUAAAAUAAAUUAUUUCAACUGAA